AUGGCGGAGAGAUUGGAUCAAGGCCGGAAGUCAGCACUGCUGAUAGGCAUCGACAAAUACGACAGCGAUGCGAUGCCUGACCUUCACGGUUCCCUCUCUGAUGUGGCUACCACCGAAAAGUUCCUCAAUGCCGUUGCCGGCAUCUCCAACAUUACCAAGCUUACCUCCCCGCCGGAUCCAUCCAAUGACCUGCUCCCAACCUUCGACAACGUCACCUCAGCAUUCCAGACCCUCGCUGACAACGCUCAGCCCGGCGACUUCAUUUAUAUUCACUAUUCGGGCCACGGCACUCGGCGGCCCACCGUCUUCAAGGACCUUAAGCACGACACAGCUCUCCUUGACGAGUGCCUGGUACUCGCCCGUAGCGACCGAUUGCUCGAUUAUCUCCGUGACGUCGAGGUCGCCUUUCUGCUCAAGCAGAUAGCCGACAAAGGCGCGACUGUUACCUUCGUGCUUGACUGUUGCCACUCCGGUGGAGCCACACGGGGGGGCGACGGAGACAUUGGGGUGCGGGGGGUUGAAGAUAUCCCGGAAGGGAGCUUCUUCAAUUCUAAUCGAAAUCCCAUUCAGUCUGUGGAGGAUCUGAAAGAUGCCUGGCGCCCGCUCUCAAACGACGUUGAGAACGCCGGUCGUGGCGGCAGUGUGGAAGAGCACUGGAUGACGUCGUCCAAGGGGAUCAACUUCUUCGCUGCGUGCCAGCCGGACCAGAAAGCGCAGGAGGUGUCGUUCAAACUGCCGUUGAAGAAGGGGCUGUUCACUGAUUGCCUCAACCGUAUCUUCAACGCCCUCGGAGGGGCAGAUUGCCUGCCCCAGCUCAGCUGCGAUGUCGUGUUCAACCUCGCUGCAGCGCAACUAGAGAACCACGAGCAAAAGAAACGGGCGGAAGAGCAGCAACCGGUAUUUGGCGGCCAGGGAGACUGCCAUAUUUUUGGCAUUGAGAGUGUGGUGCAACCGGCUGUGGUCAUUACUAACGUUGAGGAAUUGUUCAGCGGCAACAUCAAGGUGAAGCUGACAGCUGGCGUGGCCCACGGCGUCAUCGUGGAUGACAUCUUCGCCAUCUACCCCAAAGACAGACAGCUUGACAGCCUUGCUGACUACACCGCACCGUUGGCUACCUGCAUCGUGACUGCUGUGGAGUAUUUCACCUGCACAGCGCACACCGAAGCUAAGGGUACUGACCUCAAACAGAAGAAUGAGGUUCAACUCGGCUGCCAGGCUGUUAGUCAGCGCAGCAUUUUGAAGGAUCACAUCCUGCAGCCUAGAAAGGUUUUGGUAUCGGCUGCAGAUGACAGUGCUGUGUCAGUGGCCCAGAAAGUCCGAGAUUGCAUCAGCCGGAGCAGCUUUGUCGAUCUCGAAGACGACGGCGAUUCCUUCUUCAAAGUGCUGGUGCAAAACGAUGGCGGUUUCAUCAUCUCUUUCACCCCAAACCAAGCUGAAGCCAAUGUCAAAGACAAAGGGAAGCCCGAAGAUGUGCUCUCCCACUUGGUUCACCUAAGCAUCUUCUACAACAUUUUCAACCUCGCAGAAGACAACGCCGCGCAUCAAGAACAAGACCUGACGGUUAGUAAACUCGGCUAUCUCGAUCAGGGCGUCAAGCCCCCUCCUCCGCGGCAAUUCAAGCUGGGUGAAACCUCUCCCCUCCUCAAGGACCUCAAACUGUUCCCGAUAGACUCAAUCGACAUUGUCACAGGCCAAGUUCUAGUUAUUGAGGUGAGAAAUACCUCGCUCGACAACGUAUACGUCGAGAUCCUGGACCUGGAGCCGUCGUGGCGGGUGUUACGGGCGUAUCCAAUGCCGAAGAGGAAGCCGAUCAUGACGACGCGAGGCCAGGGGACGCUCUUCUUCAUCAAGAUGUCACCAUCGGAGAGGGUGGAAGCCGCUGUCCAGCCCGACACGUUCGACCGAUUUGUCGUAAUGACCACAACAGAGGGCCGCCUUAAUUUCCGUAGAGAUGUCCUCCCGGCGCUGAAGCUUGUUGGGCAGGAAGGACCUGGAAUUGAUAGCAACAGGCCGCGCGUAUUGGAACCUGCUGAUAGGAAUGGUGGGAGGUCUGGGGAUGGAGUUGAAGAGCCGCUGUGGUAUGUACAGAAACUGGAUGUACGGGUGGUCACGGAGGAAUGA